AUGGCUACCGACACAAAAGCUAGUCUUAAGAGCCUACAGCAACAGGUUCGCAGUUGCGAAUCCGUUUUCCUUCCUCCCGAUGAUCUUUUGAUUCUUGGGAUUCAAGCAACUCAAAUCGGCAUUGCCGAGGAUGGUAGACUGCUGUUUGAUCCAUGCUUCUUCCAGCCCCACCCAGAAAGAGUUUUGGAGAAGUAUCCUCUUGACCCUCUCAAUAUGGAUGAAGAUUUCGCGCCGUUGAACCUCCGACCUGACUAUGACGCUUUCUUGGAGGAGAUCAGCCAGGAAGUUCCAAAUACAGAUAGGGCCGUCAGACUUGCAACCGAAAGAUACAACCUACAUAAACAGCUAUAUGAGGAGGAUUGGCUCGCUCAGAGCCAUCUAACGUGGCAACACAUCGAUUCCCAUUUAAGUCAGGAGAACAGGAAAGGACUCCCUAAGUCCCUUGCCUUAUCUGACCUUUCACCUCCUAGGGCGCUAUGGCCGAGCUCAUGUUGCUCACGCGACGAGCAUAGAAUGAUAGAGUCGGAGUGGGAAGUGUUAGAGUUUUGGGAAGAUGAUGUAGAUGAUGUCCAGAGCUCUCUGAUGCCCCAUGCAAUUAUUUCAGUCCAUUCAAAUGUCCCCGCAGAUGAUGCAGAGGCAAGUCUUACUUCAUAUGAAGUGUCAGCUAUUGUGUCUGCUAUGAUCUGUCGAAAAUAUUGUGGGCCCUUUCGGAAUCACCCUAUCCAUCCGGUCUUGGUUCUCUCUUACACCGGUAGAAAUCACGGAAGAAUCAUUCAAGCAUCUUAUGAUGGGCAAGACCUGGCUUUGCAGUAUUCGCCACUGUGGAGCUUCGAGAACGAGGAGAUGGCACCGGUGGAGCUUUUUGUUCGCUACAUGAUGUGCGAGUCAGUCGGGCUAGAAAACUCGCCCAUUAUUGGUCCUGUUGCUAGGUUCGAUAUUAGGUUGAACGUUGACUAG